CAGGCAGCGCCCCCAGCCUCACAAGCAGCGGCGCCCGCCAGGCUCGUUCAGGGGCCUCCGCGGAAGCCGCGGCCUCGGCUCCAGGCUCGCGAAAGUCGCCUCCCGAAGGGGACCCGCCUCGGGUCUCGUCCCGCGGCUUCCCGGGAGUGCCGGCCGGCCGUCCCCCCUGUCAGCGGGCGGGGCGCUCCGAGGGGCUCCGGCGCCUGAGGCUGUUCUUUGUCCCGGCAGGGGAUUUAUAUUCAGAAAAAUGAAUUGCCUUGAUGACUGUGCAUCAGGAUAUCUGGGUGGAACAAAACCUCUGGCCUUGAAGGACAAGAAUAUCAAUUCUUCUUUGGAAAAACAAAGUGGUAUUAAAAAUAAGCAAACCAAAAUUAAUGUGCUGUUUGAAACAACACUGAAAGUUCAAGAAGGAAAACAAGAGCAUUCAAAUGAUCAACAGGUCAAGAAUUUAGAUUGUUUUAUCUCCUCUGUGAAAGAAAGUGAUGCGGACUGCAAAGUGGGGGGAUCUGAGAUCUCAGCCUCAGACCAUAAUUGUUCAAACAACUCAUUUAUUGACCUUACUAAUAUUUGGGAAGACAUGGAGGACUUUGAAACAACUGGACCACAGAAAAUAUGUCCACAACGGUCUGUAUCAUUUCAAGAUAAGCUGUCUGUAAACAAUAAAAAGACUGCAAAAAGCCCCUCUACCAGGAAGCCAAAGAUAUCUAGCACAGGAAGAGAGAAUGAAAAAUGUAAUGAUGUGUAUAUUUGUACAAAUAGGAAAACACAAACGCUUCAUAUGGAACAAGAGGGAGGCAGCCUGCCUGUUCCUUGUCUUGACCCUUCUAAUUCAAGUCAAAGAGAUUUUUCAAAUGGAGAACGUGAAGAGGAAAAGUCUUUGGAAAGUUUCCAGGCAGAGAAAAAAGAAAAAUCUUGGAUUGGGCAAAAUGAUUCUGGCCUCCCCUUAAGUGGGAAUGAAGAACCUGAUGAAGGAAGGGAGGACCCUCAAGUAUUCAGUGAGUCUGAAGACUAUGUGGACUUCAUCCCCCCAUCUCCAGAGGAGGAGAUGCGGCCUGCUUCCUUCGGGCUGAAGAGCACUAGGCAUUUUCCCCAAAGAACAGCUGAUGAGACAACUCUGAAUUUUGAACUCUCGGUGAACCAACUUCCGGAGUUUGGAGAAAUGACCAGAAGAAGUGAAGGAAGGAAGGAAGGCCAGUCCCUCCUUUGUGUAAUGGAAGAGAUCUGUAAACUGGUGGACUCCGUUCCAGAAAGAGAGCUGAAGUCUCUGCUAGGUGGCCAAGAGCUGCUUCGGCUUAGAGAUUGCAGAAGAAAACUGUUGAGCAGUUCCAGAAAUGGAAACAGAACCGGUGCUGAUCAAUUUCUAGAUAAGAACUGCAAAUAUAAUUUUGACUAUGAUGGCUCCCACAAUGGAAGUUACUCUUCUCAGCUGGGAAAAACGUCUUCCCCACUUCCUCAAGGGGCCGCCUCUACUUCUGGACCAUUUUCUGGCAAGCGGCUUGGUGAUGUUCCCCCCCUGCGUGGCAUUCUUCCGCCACCCUCUCAAGGAUGGGCCAGUGCCAAUUCAUCGGUUUUCGUGAAAGAUUCUACCUGGGACACGUCCUCUUCUGCCGUGGAAAGUCCAGGCGUAUCUUGUCCCAAGAGGGAAACCGGCGGAAUAACUGGGCUCCAAAAUCCAGACUUAGAAGCUGAGACAUGCUGGUGGCCUUCAACGCUGAAUGGAACAAGUUCGGACAGCCGAAGGAAAUGUGCUCUGCUUACGAGCAAUGUGGGAAGUGAGAGUCCUUUGGCAACUGGAGGACAGAAGCUUCAUAAGGAUGAUUUUGAUAUUGAUGAUUUGAAUGACUUGGACGAUGCCGUAAGGGCUUCAACAGCCAGAGACACUUUCCAGGGCCCAGCCCAGCCUGCUGCAAACAUCUCCCCUGCAGCAAAUCUAUUUUUGAAAGAAAACUCGGUUGCGACCAAGACAGGCACUGAUCUGCAUAGCAAUUUUUCUUUCACAGACUGUUCUGUGAGGGGCGAGAGUUUCCCUGUUCCUCCACUAAUUAAGGAUACACCUUCCAAAAAUGCUACCGUGGAACCAUUCAGAGGUUUAGCAUUUCCACAUUCUAAUGAGAUGAUGAAGAUAUUCCAUAAAAAAUUUGGUCUCCAUCAUUUUCGGAUCAAUCAGCUUGAAGCCAUCAAUGCUGCUUUGCUGGGUCAGGACUGCUUCAUCCUGAUGCCCACAGGAGGUGGCAAGAGUCUGUGCUAUCAGCUACCAGCCUGUGUUUCGGUGGGAGUCACCAUCGUCAUCUCUCCGUUGAGGUCCCUGAUAGUGGAUCAAGUCCAGAAACUGACCUCAAUGGAUAUUCCAGCCACUUACCUCACUGGUGACAAGACUGAUGCCGAAGCAUCCCGAAUUUACAUGCAGCUCUCAAAGAAAGAUCCCAUCAUAAAACUUGUCUACGUUACUCCAGAGAAGGUUUGCUCGAGUGGUCGGCUGAUGUCAGCGCUGGAGAAUCUGUACCAGCGGCAGCUCUUGGCUCGCUUCGUGAUCGACGAGGCCCAUUGCGUCAGUCAGUGGGGUCAUGAUUUUCGCCAAGACUACAAGCGGCUUAACAUGCUCCGAAAGAAGUUCUCCUUGGUUCCUAUGAUGGCUCUUACUGCCACCGCCAACCCCAGAGUGCAGAAGGACAUCCUGAAUCAACUGGAGAUGCACCAGCCCCAGGUGUUUACUAUGAGCUUUAACAGGCACAACUUGAAAUACGACGUGUUACCCAAGAAACCCAAAACUGUUGCUUUAGAUUGCUUACAAUGGAUCAGAAAAUAUCACCCCUGUGACUCGGGAAUUAUUUAUUGUCUCUCGCGGUAUGAAUGUGACUCAGUGGCCAACGCUUUGCAAGAGGGGGGGCUCUCAGCCCUGGCGUACCAUGCUGGCCUCCCGGAUGGCACUAGAGACCUUGUGCAGCAGAAAUGGAUUAACCAGGAUGGAUGCCAGGUUAUCUGUGCCACCAUUGCAUUUGGAAUGGGGAUCGACAAGCCCGAUGUGCGCUUUGUGAUCCAUGCCUCCCUCCCUAAAUCAAUUGAGGGCUAUUAUCAGGAAUCCGGCAGAAGUGGGCGGGAUGGCGAAGUCUCCCACUGCCUUCUUUUCUACAGCUACAGCGACGUGACCAGGCUGAGACGGCUCAUCCUGAUGGAAAGGGAGGGCAACAGCCACACCCGGCAGACGCACUUCAACAACCUCUACAGCAUGGUCCAUUACUGCGAGAACAUCAUGGAAUGCCGGAGGAUACAGUUGCUGGCCUACUUCGGAGAAACGGACUUUAAUCCUAGAUUUUGUAAGGAGCACCCCGAAGUAAGUUGCGACAACUGCUCCAAACAACAGGUAUACAAGUUGAGGAAUGUGACCGAAGAAGUAAAAAACAUUGUGAGGUUUGUAAAGGAAUAUUGUGGUGAAAAAGGAACUAGAAAUAUCAAGAGAAAUGCAGGAAGAUACACCCUCAAUAUGAUGAUUGAUAUUUUCUUGGGUUCAAAAGCUGCAAAGAUUCAGCGUGGUCUCUUUGGCAGGGGAGCAGCCUACUCCCGCCAUAAUGCCGAGCGACUUUUUAGGAAGCUGGUGCUGGACAAGAUUCUGGAUGAAGAUUUGUACAUCACUGCCAACGAUCAAGCGAUAGCAUACAUCCAGCUGGGGGAAAAAGCUGGUGCUGUGCUGAACGGCUGUUUGCAGGUGGAGUUCUGUGAAACAGAAAGUGCCAGCAAUAUCCGGAAGCAGAGGGCUUUGGAGACCAAGGUGUCCCUACGGGAAGAGAUGGUUAAGAAGUGUCUCUCUGAACUCACAGAUGUCUGUAAAAACCUUGGGAAAGUGUUUAAUAUCCACUAUUUUAAUAUUUUUAACACUGCCACAUUAAAAAGAAUAGCAGAGACUUUGUCUUCAGAUCCAGCAGUUUUGCUUCAGAUUGACGGUGUCACAGAGGACAAAUUAGAGAAGUAUGGAGCAGAAAUAAUAGAUGUGAUGCAGAAGUAUUGUGCAAAGUUACUACCAGUGGAAAAGAAGCCUCUCGCAGCCACAGAGACUUAUGUUAGCAGAUGUGACAGUGAAGGUGAGGAAGGAGAAGCAACGUAUACGACAUCCAGCUAUUUCCAAACCAAAAAUGGCAAGGGAAGGAAGAGGAAGAAGUCUCAUUUUUUUAGAGAAUCGAAGAAGAAAAAAGGAUCAGGGGGACAGCAGGCUUAUCCUAAGAGGAGUUACAAAGCCUGCAAAAGUGCAUCGUCCAAUUCCAGAAGUUCUAUUUCCUGUGUUUUUCCUGGCCAACCAGGAGCUGGCAAGAGGCCUGGAAUCAUGGCACCGCCAAACCCCCAAAGCAGACAAUACCUUAAACCUUCUUACACGCUUUUGUGAUGCCCUUAAAAGUUACGUUCAUUUUUAUAGAUGUUAUUCAGCAUAAACAUAUUAAAUUUUUCAACGACUUUUAUAUUAAGUACUCAUGUUUCAUAACUUGCUUGUACAUAACUAAAGCAUUUAAAUUAAGUCACUUCUUGUCAGCUCUUGCAUAAGAAAGCUUUUGAGUUAUGGAUAUGAAUCCCUGAAAUAUGAGAUGAAUGCCCUGGAGGCGGGAGACAUUGAGCUAGUGGAGAUUAAAGUAUUUGUAUCUGUU